AUGGUUCAGCCUAAGAAAAGUUCAAUGGAUUCUGCAGCUGUUCCAAAGGCCAUAAUCGAGGAUAGUCCCAGUUCCAGUCCGAGCCCCUGUCCGGAUCCCGAUUCUUUGAUCUGCCCCACUCGAAAGCACUCAGAAUUAGGAUCUCGCUCGAAAGUGACUCGCGUCAGGGGCAGACCUGCGGCAGCAAACGCAGCGCGGGAGCGUAGCCGAGUACAAACCCUGCGACAUGCCUUCUUAGAGCUGCAAAAGACUCUACCUUCAGUUCCUCCGGACACUAAACUGUCCAAACUGGAUGUCCUAAUCCUGGCAACCACCUACAUUGCACAUCUAACCCGCACCCUGGAAGAAAGUCUGGAGGAGGGGGAAGGUCGGAGAUCUGCUGAGUUAAUGCAUUCUCUCAAAGUGGACGGAUAUCUGCAUCCGGUCAAAAAGUGGCCAAUGCGAUCCCGGUUGUACGUCGGUGCAACGGGACAGUUUCUGAAUUCGGGUCAAUCGGAGAUUCAAACUCAAGCAAAGACGACCAACCCCGAUCCCGUCUAA